UUAGAAAGAAUUGAGUAGAAAAAAAAGAGAAAAGUGGAACGGUGACCCGGUAAUUCGGACAAAGUUCCGUUUUAUUUUCCUUGUUAUUGUUGCAUCCUGAAUUCCUCUGCUAACAGUUCUUUGAUUCUCUAAAUAAUCUUAGUGCGAUGGAUUCAAGUUCAUCCCCGGAAUUCGAAUAUUUGUUUAAGUUGUUGAUGAUUGGGGACUCGGGUGUUGGCAAGAGUAGUCUCCUCCUCAGUUUCACCUCUGAUUCCUUUGAAGAUCUUUCUCCCACAAUUGGGGUUGAUUUUAAGGUCAAGUAUUUGAACAUCGAAGGGAAAAGGCUGAAGCUUGCCAUUUGGGACACAGCUGGUCAAGAAAGAUUCAGAACAUUAACGAGUUCUUAUUACCGAGGGGCACAAGGGAUCAUUAUGGUAUAUGAUGUAACUCGGCGGGAAUCGUUUACGAAUCUUGCUGAAAUAUGGUCAAAGGAAAUAGAACUUUAUUCAACAAAUUUGGAAUGCAUCAAGAUGCUUGUUGGAAACAAGGUGGAUAAGGAGGGUGAUAGAGUUGUAACCAAGAAAGAGGCAGUAGACUUUGCUCGGGAGUGUGGUUGCCUAUUUAUCGAAUGCAGUGCUAAAACUCGAGUUAACAUACAACAAUGCUUUGAAGAACUUGUUCUAAAGAUUUUGGAUACGCCUAGCCUCUUAGCAGAGGGUGCUAAGAGUAAAAGGAACAUAUUUAAGGACAAGCCAGCCAACAAUGCCACAACUAGUUGUUGCUGAUAUUAACAGGCUAGCUAUUUUCACUCCAAACAAACUGCAUAGAUAGAUCUCCACGGUCACUGAAUCAGUUUCCAGAAUCAAAGUUCUAACACUAGUUUAUUGAUUAUUUAUACCAGCUUCUGAAAAAGCCUCCAAAAUUUAAUGUUCCUGAUUUGACUUGAAUGUUAUAUGUAGCAUGAUCAUGAUGGUUGCUUAUCUGCUUAUUUUUUUUAUUAUUA